AUCACUGAUAAAUGGAUAUAGUAGGAGAGAAUCACACACCAUGUGUUGCGCCCAUGACACACACCAAACUGUUGUUGUUGUUAAGGGCCCCAAGAGGUGGUGCAGUAUUAUCCUGCUGCUGCUCCCCACAGGACCAGUAUCACUACAUUAUUUUUUCAGGAGUAAGAAGUGUGAACUAUUUCUCUGGGAUGUACAUGCUUCCGAGGUGUGUGUGUGUGUGAUGGCCGUAUCAGAUUUAUGUACAAAGUUCCCUCUGCUGUGCAUAUCAGUGUCCUCUGGUCAGCCUCAUUCAUUCAGUGGCUUCAUUAGUAUUGGGGACAUUGAUUAUGCAGUGUAUCUCAGCACUCCGCACUUCCCAUUACUGAAGGGACUGACUCUAAGCACUGAUGCUCAGCUAUCCUCUAUUAUCCACACUUGUCAAGCCCAGCUCAGUGAGGUAGAAAAGACAUGCAGCACAGUUUUAGAGUAUCUCAUCAAAUUCCAGCAUAUAUGCAGUUCAUCUCAGCGAAGAGAGCAGGACGUUGAAGACUUGUCAUUGCUACGUAGUUCACACCUGAGAUCUCUUCUCUCACAUUUAGAGGUUGUUGGGUGGUCUAGAGUCACACAGAUUUCACCAGAUUUUACGUCGAUUUCUCUUGAAGCCAGAGAUGAGAAGGGUCGCUCACACCUCCUCCAAGUCAGAAUUGGGUCAGGAUAUCCUCAGGAACCACCAUGUGUUGAAGCUGAUAUGCCAUUGGGCCUUAAGGUCUCCUGGAAUUCUGUUGAAGGAUUAUCCUGCAUCGUCUCUGCCUGGGAAGAUCAGUUGAAAAGUUUGCAGCUGUUCUGGGAUGUCCUCGAUGAAUUGGAUGAAAUGGUGCUGGUGUUGGAUCCUCAAAAUCCUACACGAAGACACACCACUCGCAGAAUUCUACUUAGUAAUCAUGUGAGUGUACAGCUGUGUGUGUCUGUGGCUCACCCACGCAGCCUGCCGCAGUGUCACUUUCUGGGCACCUCUCGCCUGACUGCUCCUCUUAACGCUCUUCUCACCGAGAAAUAUGAAGAGUGGGACCCUGACCGUAGCAUUGUGAGCAACUUAGAAGCAAUCCUUGGUGUGAGUGUGGUAAAAUCAAGGAGUGCAGAUAGUGAAGGAAUGGCCGAGGAGUGGAGUGCUGAAUGUGCUGUGUGCUAUUCCCUUCACUUGGAAGAUGCCUUACCAGACUUGACCUGUGAUCACUGCUCUCAGGCCUUCCAUGUACAGUGCUUAUAUGAGUGGUUGUGCAAUCUUACCAACAGUCGGCAAAGUAUGAACGUCAUUUUUGGGGAGUGCCCAUACUGCACCCAGGAUGAAGUCGUGUGUGGUUUCGUUGGCGAGGGUGUUGGUGGUAGUGAUGGUGGUGAGGGCAGAGAAGUUGGGCAACAUAGAGGUCAUCACCAGAGGAGAGCUGAACGAGGAUGGACUUACACCUGGAACCAGGUCGCUGUUGGUUAGUGCUGGCGAGCCGUCAUUAGUGGUCCAAAAUGACCCUGCACCUCCACCCAUCAGCUACCUGCCUCCGGUACAGACACCGCUACCCAUUGAGCCAACUGGGGCUCCCAGCGCUGUAGUCACGCCAGGAGGGCUGUACCAGCCCCCAGAGACUCCCACAGUGGUACAAACACCAGCCCAGCCCCUGACUUCCUCUAUGACCCCCCCAACCAG